CUAUAUAAGACGAAAUUUGGGAGAGUUCAUCAUUCCAAGUUCACAGCUUUGGGCAGAAGUAAUUGCAAACAAAACACUAGCAUUAUGGCCAAGUUCCUGAUCUUCUCUCUGUUUGUGGCGUUGGCAAUUUUCUCAAUUGUCACUGCAACUCCAGUGAAUGGCGAUUUAGAGGUGGAGGAUGAUCGUCUUCCCCAGCCCCGAGUGAUCUGUGACCUCCUCGGUCUCGGUGACAGGGGCUGUGCUGCUCGUUGUAUUAUACAAGGAAAGAGAGGUGGAUGGUGCUCGAAGGGAGUCUGCCACUGUAGGAACUGAUGGGAAAUUGUAAAUUAAGAAUUCAACUUAAACAUCAUCAAAACAGUGAUCAUUGAUGGAAGUGAUUUCAUAAAAAAUAUGUAUACUAUUGUAAAUCCAGAUAUAAAAAAAAAAUGUUCAAUCAGAUCAAAGAAAUAAAUCAAUAUAACUAAA